GUUUAUAUAGAUAUCAAGCCAAAACUAUCUGAUGAUCAACAGUGAUAAUUUUUGUGUUUGAGCAGAUAUAGUCAAUCAAACGACUGUUGCCAAUAAGUCAUGGUUCACCUCAGUGCUUGCCUGUUAAUGAUUGUCGUAAUAGCAUGCGUGUUUCUAUUCAGCAGAAGUGGUCGUUCAAACUCUUCAACCAGCAUUGAAAUUGAGAAAAGUAGCAGAAGUGGAGGAGAUACUCCUCUUAAAAUCCGCAUUAUUUACAACGAUUGGCACCAGUGCAUCAAUGAUAUUUUGCUCCCAGUUAUGGCUGAUCCUAAAAAGCUUUGGUCCAUCUUUGGUGAAUCCAUAGAAACCUGUCGUCAGCAAACCGCCAUGGAUAAACUGAACCUCACUGAACAUAGUAAUAAAGAAGAGAUCAAGUACCACAUCCACAACAAUACUGAUAUAACUCCAUCUGUGGUAGUCACUCUCGGAGUAGGACGUAACAUACUCGCUGAGCAGCAGCUCAAGGAACUGCUGCCACAAGGUUCCUUAUUCUUUGGUGCGGAUCCUAUAUACGAAGGAAACGAUCGGCUCUACUCAACUAUCGGAACAUUCCUUCCAAUUGCCGUGAGCAACGAAACUAAGUUGGGCCAGGCGUACGUUUUAAAAAAAGGUUAUGUUUACCAAACCAUGGUUCACAUUGACGUAAUAACAUUACUAGUGAAACUCACGAAGACUCCUUUCAUCGACCAGUUCCUUAUAGACAAUGAAGGUCCUGAAUACGAUAUAAUUCCCAUGAUGGGAGUGAAUGAUGAGUUUGAUAAAAAUGGGCUUGUCGCAUGCCAAAUAAAUGUUGAGUUUCACGCUUACAACAAUUUCCAUGAGCGCUUUGUUUUCGUGCUGAAAAAGUUAUUGGACGAUCGACGGUAUGCAAUAUUGAAAGCCUCUCGUGAACCUCAUUACCGCGUUUUUAUGUUGAACUUCGAACAUGCAAAAUGUGUUGAGAAGUACAUUAUGCAUUAUUUUGUUUGAGCCAAGCUUUUCCAUUUUUGGCAGUGUUGCUGAACUAUUGCGUGCUUAAUGACCAAGCUAUUUGUUAAAUCUGUGCAAUUUACCUUAAUUGCUCGUAAAAACAGCUGUUGUGAAUGUUGUAUAACACGAUGUUGACGUGGUACAGCUUCCCUUUCCUCCUGCAUCUGUCAAGCUUGUCAAGUGUGUCUUUCCAUUCUCU